GCAGAAGAGCAGGAGACCGGGAGCUGGAUUCGCGGCUGGCAGAGAAAUUGUUUUCCUCUUCUCCACCAUGUACAGAACCAAAGUGGGCCUGAAGGACCGCCAGCAGCUUUACAAGUUGAUCAUUAGCCAGCUGCUCUAUGAUGGCUUCAUCAGCAUUGCUAACGGCCUCAUCAAUGAAAUCAAGCCUCAGUCUGUUUGUGUACCCUCAGAGCAGCUCCUGCAUCUCAUCAAACUAGGGAUGGAAAACGAUGAUACUGCAGUUCAGUAUGCAAUUGGUCGUUCAGAUACAGUUGCCCCAGGCACGGGCAUUGACCUGGAGUUUGACGCAGAUGUCCAGACCAUGUCCCCAGAGGCUUCAGAGUAUGAAACCUGCUAUGUCACAUCCCAUAAAGGACCAUGCCGAGUAGCUACCUAUAGUGGAGAUGGGCAGCUAAUAGCUACUGGGUCUGCUGACGCCUCCAUAAAGAUCCUCGACACAGAAAGAAUGUUGGCCAAAAGUGCCAUGCCAGUAGAGGUUAUGAUGAAUGAGACUGCACAACAGAAUAUGGAAAACCACCCCGUGAUCCGGACUCUUUAUGACCACGUGGACGAAGUCACAUGUCUUGCUUUCCACCCAACAGAACAGAUCCUUGCCUCUGGUUCAAGGGAUUACACCCUUAAGUUAUUUGAUUAUUCCAAACCCUCAGCAAAAAGAGCCUUCAAGUACAUUCAGGAAGCUGAGAUGUUACACUCCAUCUCUUUUCACCCUUCCGGAGACUUUAUCCUUGUGGGGACUCAGCAUCCUACUCUUCGGCUCUAUGAUAUCAACACAUUUCAAUGUUUUGUCUCUUGCAAUCCUCAAGAUCAACACACCGAUGCCAUAUGUUCUGUUAAUUACAACCCUAGUGCCCACAUGUACGUAACUGGUAGCAAGGACGGCUGCAUCAAGUUGUGGGAUGGCGUCUCGAAUCGGUGCAUCACAACUUUCGAGAAGGCACACGACGGUGCUGAAGUUUGUUCUGCCGUCUUCUCCAAAAAUUCUAAGUACAUUCUUUCAAGUGGAAAAGACUCGAUAGCUAAACUUUGGGAAAUAUCAACAGGACGAACGCUGGUCAGAUUCACAGGUGCUGGCUUGAGCGGGCGGCAGGUGCACCGGACACAGGCUGUCUUCAACCAUACAGAGGACUACGUGCUGCUGCCAGACGAGAGGACCAUCAGCCUGUGCUGCUGGGACUCACGUACAGCUGAGCGCCGAAACCUGCUGUCCCUGGGCCACAACAACAUCGUGCGCUGCAUCGUGCACUCGCCCACCAACCCCGGCUUCAUGACCUGCAGCGAUGACUUCAGGGCCAGGUUCUGGUACCGGAGGUCAACCACAGACUAGAACCCCCCCACCCCCCCGCCUUAAAUAGGGUUCUUUUCUAGAGGACCCUGCCCCUCCCUCCCAUGGGUCCCAUCACCAGCCUCAGUAGAAAGUCGUGGUACCAUCUCUGGCAGUCGGGCUGCCACCUCUACAUCCUUCUUGGAUUUUGUACAAAAGAGUCCUUUUUUACCUUGAUGUGGAAUCAUGGUGGAAAAAGUGGGAAACGCAGACCCCGGCUCUGCACUCAUUGAUUAUUACAGUGAUUUUCAUCGGUUUUGUAAAGACAGGACUUGCCAUUUCUCGGAAUUUGAUCUUUUGAAGAAGGGUAGAGUAUUAAAGUGCUUUCCAGAUCUCGUGUGGAUCUGUCCUGAGGAAUUCUCAUUGGGCUCUUUUGUCAUCUUCUGUGCCUGUUCCACAUCCUCUCCGUGUUUUCCUUUCCAAAUGCAUUUUGACCGAUGAGUAGGCAUACCUUGAGAAUUGAGUUUCGUGCCCUAUUAAAUCACUCUAGAGAAUCAGUUCUCUGAAAGGACAUCCUAAUAAUAAAGCUCAAGAGCUGCAACUUGACUGUUACACAUUUUCACUUCAGUAACAUCAACGGCCAGUUUUCCUGAAGAUUACAGGAGCAUCUUUCAUCAGACCUCCUACAUUACCUUUCAUACCUGCAGUGCUCGUCUUCAGUAGAUGCACUUCCCAUCAAAUGACGCCAUUUGGUGGGAAGCAUAGAUUUGGAGAUUAUAUCCCAUCUAAUCGGAAUCAGGUGGUCCCACCAGUGCCCUCAGGUGUUGCUUGUCUUCAUGAAGGGCUAACACUGAUCGGCUUUGUUCUUAUGUAACUUUAAAUCUUAUUUUUCAGCCUGAACCUUAACUACUCAUUGUGGACACACAAGGCAACUGUGUUCUCAGAAUAUAUUUGCAAUUAACUGACAGAUACAAGUUUUCUUUUCCUUGAAAUUUUUUAGAAGGUGACAAUAUUUCUUAGUGUUGAGCUCUAACUGGGUUAAAGAACCAAGAAUCCCCUCGCUAAGAUAUCUUUGGUUUAUAUUUAUCCCCAAAUACAUAUACCUCAUGAUCUGGGUGGGAGCACCUAAAAAUAUAACCUGGGAACAUUAGGUAAAAAGUAUGAAAUAGAGUAAUGUAAUUAUCUUAUGUUACAGGAAUUUUAAAAUAUGAUGAUGAUUGCAUAAAAAUUCUGCUUUAGUCAUCAUCCUUAAGGAUCAUUUUAAUUCUUUAUAAAAUGAUUUUAAGCAUUCUUAAUGAGUUAAGUCACAGCUUUUCAUUCAGGUUUACAAAGACCUAUAGUUUGUGCUGCAUAGUGAGUAAACUUAUGUUAUGUCCUGAUUCCCUGGUAUUUGAACUAGGAUAUCAAAGGGUGCUGCUUUUGUAAGAUUAAAAGAAACCAGUUGACUAGGAACAAAGAUAACCAGUUCUACCAAAACAAUUAUCAAACAUGGCUUCCCACUUCUU